CAACUUUCAAAAGAUAAAAACUUUGUCUUAUUUUCUCUUUUUUUUUUUCUACUGCUCCUUCUGAACAAGCCAGCUUCAAUGGAGCAACUGUAUUGUGCAGUGAGGGAAGAUGAAGAGAAAGAAGAACAACAACUGCAAGAAGGUGUAGCUUUGAAAGGAAGACAAUCCCUGCAACAGGGAAAAGAUGGUAGUAUUACCAAUGCUGAAGCACCUUCCUUUUUUUCUUCAGUGGGAGAACACUCUUUUCCUCAGAAAGAGGAAGUGCUUCAUACCCACAAAGAACACACAGAACAACCUGUUCAAAAGGUUGAAGAAACAAACAAUGUUGUUGCAGAAAAUGGCAGUAACUUCAACGGUGAUAGUGAAAAAGGUGGGAUCGGAAUCAUAGCUGAGAUUGUAGAAAAUGUCAUAAAUGGAGAGGCUUUAAGCAGUGCUACCAUAAAUGCUGAUGCAUCACACCAUAAGAAUAGUGUUUAUUUGGACCAACAACAAGGAAUGUGGAAAUGUCACCACUGCUCAUGGACAAAGCAAUUUGACAGUCCUUGGAAUUUGCGGCGUGGGAAUCUUUAUGGCUACUCUGACUUGCUCAUGAAUGUUAAAACUAUGAUUCAACAUGGACCAUGUAUUGCGUGUGAAACUAAAGGCGACAAUAUUGAUGGUGCAAUGUCUGCUCUGCCAAGCAAUGGAGUCAACAACAUGGAAAUUGUUGAUGAAAAAGUACCUUCCUCCGUAGCAGAGUUACCUUCACCUAAUUUGACAGAAGAAAUUGACCAGCAACUGAAAGAAUAUGAUGUUGAGGCAGUGUUGGCAAAACAAGAGACACAUGACUUGUUUUGUCCUAAUUGUAAAUCUUGUAUUACUAAAAGGGUUAUCCUAAGGAAGAGAAAAAGAACUACUCCUAUUCCUAACAUAGACACUAAAGCAAAGCGUGACAAGUCAGCCAUUGAGGUAGUUGAUAGUUCUGUAGAUGAAGGCAACCAAGGUGAUCAUGCAAUUGCAACACCUGAUGAUGUAGCUAGAGUAGAGCCUCCUGCUGAUAAUUUUGAGCCCGAAAGAGAACCAGAAGUGUUCAGAUGUUUAUCAUGCUUCAGCUUCUUUAUUCCUAUAGGAAAUGGAUUCAAACUGUUCCCAAGUUUUGGGGGUAAGCCUGAAGCUUCACAAAAGCUUCCGGUUGUACCUACAUCCAACGUGGAAAAUCCUUCAGGUGUUGCAGCUUCCAAUUCAAAUUGGUUCUUCACUCUGUUUACUUCAAUCAAGGGAAGAAAAGCUAGUGCUCAAGGUGAUGCUUCUAGUGAAGAUUCUAUAGCAGAUCCCACUUCAGUUGAAGAUUCUAGAAUUGAUAAUCCAUUGGAAAUAGCUCAGAAUAGUUAUUCUUCUUUGAUGAAAGAAGCACAAUCACCAGAACAAUCAUUUGACAGUGAAGUAAUUGCAAAUGAUGUAGCUAGAGACAAACAAAAUUUCAUAGUAAAUGGCUCGAUUCCAUCAAUUCAAGAUUUGAAGAAAGUUGAAACGGGUAUUGAAGACGAAAUAAAACCUUCUGUUGCAAACAAAGAGAAUGAAGCAUUUGAAACCUCUACAUCCCAGGCAGCUUACGUUCCAACUGAAGGAGAUAUUGUGACAGAAGCACACACUGAAAUCUAUAUUGGGGAACAACCAAGGGCUGAAAUUGGUGAGCACCAAGAGUGGGAAAUACUUAAAAGCAUUGUGUACGGUGGUUUAGUUGAAUCAAUCACUAGUCUUGGGGUUGUGUCAUCUGCUGCUUCUUCUGGUUCUGCUCCAUUGAAUAUUAUAGCAUUGGGGUUGGCGAAUCUCAUCGGUGGACUUUCUGUCAUUGGUCAUAAUCUCACUGAUUUGAAAAAUGGUCAUUCUGGAGGGAAUCCAUCACAAGAUCGAUAUGAAGAACUACUUGGCCGUAGAGAAAACUUCACAGUUCAUGCUUUUCUAGCUGUGUUAUCAUUCAUAAUUUUUGGUUCUGUCCCACUUGUUGUCUACAGCCUCUUAAUUUCUAAGCACUACUAUGAUGAAUAUAAUAUUGCAGCUGUGGCAGCCUCUUCUGUUGUGUGCAUCAUUCUUCUUGCUAUGGGAAAAGCUUACACCAGCACACCACCCAAAUCCUAUAUCAAAACAGUGCUGCAUUAUGUUAGCUUGGCACUUGCAACCUGUGGAGUCUCUUACAUAGCUGGUGAUCUAGCUAAGGUUCUCCUAGAUAAAAUCAGUGGCUCAGAAUCUGGUUAUGUUCUUGCCAUGCCCUUGUCAGACACAACAAGAAUGGAACCAGCGUGAAUGUCUUCUUCAAGCUUAUAUUUCAAUGUUCCUGCUUCUGCUGCUUCUUCUAGCUUCUUCUAGCCAAAUAAGGAUCCAGAAAAUAUGUGGUUUAGCUGUUAGUGUUCCAAGCAACGUUCUCAAUUUUAUAGUUUUCUUGGAUUCGUUUGUUAACAAGUCAAGGAAAACUGUCUUUUUUUAUCAGCAAAGUAGCUAAACAGUUGUUUAAAAAAAUUUGAAAAUAAGUGCUCCGUGUGUGGAAUAGUUAUGAGAAAAAAAAGAUACAGUCGUUUAUAUGUUUAA